AGCUGCAGAGGCAGCCAGACUUGCGCGGGGGCUUUGGAGGCUUUGCCUGCCGCCUCCGCGGGCAGCGCCAUGAGCGGGCUGCAGAACAACGUUGACAAAAGGCAGUUUCUGCUGGAGAGAUUACUGGAUGCAGUUAAACAGUGCCAGAUCAGAUUUGGAGGAAGGAAAGAGAUUGCUUCUGAUUCGGAUAGCAGAGUUACGUGCCUCUGUGCUCAGUUUGAAUCCGUGCUCCAGCAUGGUUUGAAGAGGACCCGGGGACUGGCCUUAACUGCAGCAGCAAUCAAACAGGCAGCAGGCUUCUCCAGUAAAACCGAAAUGGAGCCCGUGUUCUGGUACUAUGUGAAAGAAGUUCUUAAUAAGCAUGAGCUGCAGCGUUUCUACUCCCUGCGGAAUAUCACGACGGAUGUUGGCAGAGGUCGUGCCUGGCUGCGCUGUGCGCUAAAUGAGCAUUCCUUAGAAAGAUACUUCCAUAUGCUGCUUGCGGAUAAAACCCGGCUUAGUGUCUUCUACGAAGACUGGUCCUUCAUGAUGGAUGAAGAACGCUCCAGUAUGAUUCCCACAAUGGCAGCUGGUCUGAACUCUAUCCUAUUUGCAAUCAACAUUGAUAACAAGGAUUUGAGUGGGCAAAGCAAAUGCCCACCCACGGUCUCUGACCUUCUCAAGGAAUCUACGCAGAACGUCACCUCCUUAUUGAAGGAAUCCACCCAGGGUGUUAGCAGCCUCUUCAGGGAGAUCACGGCUUCCUCUCCUGUUUCCAUUUUAAUCAAACCUGAUCAAGAUGCUGACCCGUUGCCGAUUUUAUCGAGGAGCGUUAGUGGCGAUUUAAAAUGCAGGAAAGAUCGGAUGAAGAAGAAGAAGAAAGUCACAAAUAUUAUUUCAUUUGAUGACGAGGAAGAGGAUCCAAACUUGGGCGACGUCUUAAGGACCGCGGUCGCGGGUGAAAGCUCAGAAGAAAACUCUGACAGGUCUUCUGCCUACGUAGCAUCCCCCUCUGUCGGCCUGCUAGCUAAACUGAAUGGGGACCAGAGUAUCCCUUUGCCGAAGAGUGAUUCCGCUUACCGAAAUGGAGACUGCAGCUUCCAGAAGUUGGACGUUAAAAGUAUAGACGAUGAAGACGUGGAUGAAAACGAUGAAGCUUAUGGCAAAACAUUGGGGAACCACAGCAUGGCAGAAGACGCGGAACCUAGUGGAAAACCAUCUGAGGGGCUGACGAGCAAUUCUUUGGUUUGCGCUUGGAGUCCCUUGCAAGUCCUGAACGAUGAUUCUGAAGAGUUGUUCCCCGUCAGUGCUGUAGGCUCUUUCUCCCAGACUGGUAAUCUGGAGAAUGGCAGUGAACACGAGAGUGCAGACUUUUCAGCGGAAGUGGCUCGGAGAAAUGCUGAACCACUCUACAGCAGGGUAGAAGUUUGCCCCCCUGCCGCAGAGGACACUUUAAAUAAUCUACUGCCCUCCGCCAAUGGGCCAGAAUCGAUGACAAUUGCCGAACUUCGGCAAGCCAUUGUGGCCAUGAUGAACAGAAAGCAUGAACUGGAGGAGCAGAACAGUUCGUUGCGGAACCUCCUCGAUGGAGAGAUGGAGCAUUCGGCGGGACUCCGUCAGGACAUCGACGGCCUGAAGAAGAAGGUUUCGGAACAGGAAGAACGCUAUACAGUGAAGAUCCAGGCCUUGGCGAGAGAAAAUGAGGUGCUAAAAGUACAGCUAAAGAAAUAUGUAGGAGCUGUCCAGAUGCUGAAAAGAGAAGGCCAGACUGUCGAAGUUUUGCCAAAUGUUUGGAACAUGGAGAGCGAAUUCACCAUUCCUGAGCAAAAACAAGUAGAAAAUAAUGAAGAACUAGCAAACUCUUAUGAAAGAAAGCUGAUUGAGGUGGCAGAAAUGCACGGGGAGCUGAUAGAAUUCAAUGAAAGGCUUCACCGCGCUCUGAUGGCUAAAGAAGCCCUCGUGACUCAGAUGAGACAGGAGCUCAUUGAUUUGAGAGGACCGGUUCCUGGUGAUCUGAGCCAAACAUCUGAAGACCAGAGUUUGUCAGAUUUUGAAAUAUCAAAUCGAGCUCUCAUAAACGUCUGGAUUCCCUCGGUCUUUCUCCGUGGAAAAGCAGCUAAUGCAUUUCAUGUUUACCAGGUAUACAUCAGGAUAAAAGACGAUGAAUGGAAUGUCUAUCGGAGGUACACCGAAUUCAGAAGCCUGCAUCACAAAUUACAGACGAAGUACCACCAAGUGAGAAGUUUUAACUUCCCACCCAAAAAGGCCAUUGGGAACAAGGAUGCAAAGUUUGUCGAGGAACGGCGGAAACAGUUACAGAAUUACUUAAGAAACGUUAUGAACAAAGUAAUCCAGACGCUGCCAGAAUUCACUGCCCACCCUAAAAAAGAGACCCUCACCCAAUUGAUGCCCUUUUUUAUGUAACAGCCAGGUUGGACAUAGCUACUGAUGGAAAUCAGCAAAUGAACUUUCCCUUAUCACAUGAAACGGAAAAUUUGGGAUCUUGCACUAAUGGUGAAACUCACUAAUCCUUGGGUACAAAGGGAAGAAUACAUGACAACCGUCUAAGACACGUGGAACUCUGUGGCGCGAUCUAUUAGGAUGAUGACUUUAUCAGAUAAUCUUGCUUGUACCAAAUAGGGAUCCUGAAUUAUCAGAAAGACCGUAAAGAAAUU